AUGUCUGGAAUCGCCAAGACUUUCCAGGAGGUUACUAAAGACACACACCUAGCGGGACUGUGGAAGAAGGUUAUCCACUCCGAUCUGACCUGGAAAACCAAUGCUGGAGAUGGGACUGAGGUGCUUCGCAGUGAUUCGUAUGCUCCAACAUGGAGUUGGGCUUCUGUUGUUGGGGGACAUACGUCACUCAGUUUGGUCUAUCGAAAGUACGGAGGCGUCCCGAUUUCUCUCAUAAACCCUGUCGCGGAGCGAAUUGUAUCGGAGCCUCCAGGGGGCGAUCCUACAGGCCUUCGUUCAGCAGAGCUCGAUAUUGAGUGUAUGCUGUAUUACUACCGAUGGACAUCCCAGUCGAGCACGCUCGCAGUUUUCAAAGACGAGACUAAACUCGAAUUAUAUUUCGACAUGCAGUUCAUCUCAGACUAUUUGCUUCUUGACAUCGCGGAUACGGUGCGAAAGUUCAAACUGAUGCCGGAGGUGGAAGGGGUUUGUGUGUCGCUAUGUGCGGGCUAUCAAGGGUAUGGAGGAACAAAUGUGUUCAUCAUGCUAGAGCAUGUCUCGGGGGUUAAGUUCAGACGUAUUGGGAUUUUUGAACACAGCCAUAUAGGCCGAUGGAUCGGUGAGUGGUCUGGGUCCGGUACACGUAUUACUCUCGUAUGA